AUGGACGACCCCGCAACGCAAGCCUUCCUGCUCGCCCUCCUCACCGCCGGCGGCGGGCUGACGGGCUACAUCCGCACGGGCUCCAUACCAUCGGUCGCGGCCGGCAUGACCGUCGGCGCUCUCUACGGACUCGGUGGCCUGCGCAUGCGCAACCGCCAGCCUUACGGGGUGGAGAUGGCGUUGCUCGCCAGUCUGGUGUUGGCGGGGAGUAGCGUACCGAGGGCGAUGAAGACGCAGAAGGCGCUGCCGAUUGGGUUGAGCGUUGUUGCUGCGUUUGGGUUGUAUCGAUUUGGGACCAUGUGGAGAGCUCAGGUGUGA